AUGCAAAACGGCGAACUCGCUCGGUACACUUUUACGAUUCCGAAGGAUAAAGGCCUGAUUCGAAGCGCGGCUACCGUUAAUAAGGCGGUCACCGUGGUUCACAACGAACUUCGGGGAGUGAUUGUGGCUUGGGGACAUGGCAUUUUCUUCAUGAUUCCUGGAAAAGGCGUCGCCCCCAUUCAAACGUCGAUCUACCGCGAGUUUAUACACUACUCCUGGCAACUGAAAGGUCCGAUUAUCCAACAGCACGUCCGAAAGAUGGCGACUCAUCAUCUCGAGGCGCAGGGCCUUACCUUGAUUGCCGUACUGGGAAGCGCCGCCACGUUUUUGAUCUACGACCCAAGCACAGAAACACUCGUCAACGCAAACGUCCAUACAUUCGCGAUCGAGUAUUAUGAUUGCGCUUUCCUGAAGCCAAUCGACGAGCCUACCAAAAAACGACCUUGGGUCGAUUUGAAAUUUAUCUUGAUCGGCAACGACGGUUUUGAAGUCUUGAAUCUCCGGAUUCAGGGCUGGAAAUACCAAGCGACGCCGAGAGCCAGAGUGUCCUACUUCCCCACAAUUUUCAUCACCGAGCGGAUCGAUUGCCGAGACCUGUUUUCCUCAGGCAAUUUCCAUAACAUGCAACUUUACGCCGCCAAUAUGUACGAGCGUGCGGAGCGCAUUGUUUUCUGGGUUGAGAAAAGCCUUCAAGAGGAGCAGACAACUUAUUAUCAGGGGGAACUGAUCUUCCGGUGGGUAAACGAAUCGAUGGGUUUCCAUAAUGCCAUGCGAAAGACGAUUUUGACUGGCAAUCACAUGGACGAGAGGAUGCAGAUAUCCUACCUAUCUGGUUUACCAUUUGGUGGUCAGAUAACGCAGGACGUGCGUGAUAAGCACAACAAACUAUCACAGCUGCGUGCUUUUUCGCUGGACCCGUCUCUUCAGCUUCUAAGAUUUACGGGUGCCGAAUGGGUUGACCGACGCUACGAAUUCUUUGGCGCAGACGUCACUAUUACCGACGAGACGGAUUAUUUUAUCAUUACCAUGACACAUCCCCGGCGUGGGUUGCCGUGUCUCGCUGACGCCAAGAAGGUCAAUGCCCAUAUUCUCUACCGACGACCGGAUGAAUACUGCUGGGUUGAUGGCCACCAUACGCCCUGCACGAAGGUGAUCGACUGGGUUCCGGACAAUAUGAAGCCAUACCACGACCUGCCUCUGAAUGCUUGUUUGAAAGUGGAUGGAUGCCAGAUUAUAAACUGGGCAUAUGGAGCUGGGGAUCGAAUCGUCACGUCAAAGUUUGCGCUCAUGAAAGAGAAUGGCGUGAUUCGAAGUGCCUCGACGAUCACCAAAGGAAUUUUUUUGGUGGCUCAUAGAGCACAAUGCUUGAUUAUGGCCUGGGGACAUGGCUGCAUCUACAUGAAUCCCGGAAAGGCACCCGACUCGCUGGACACCAUCGACCUGCAGGGACCUCCAAGACCUUGCCGACUGAUCGAGGCGACAUCGGCUGCAAAGGGUUUUGCCGUAACAUCCUUCUACGGGGAGAAUGAAGAAUUUAAGUCCAGCUACAUCGAAUUUAUCCAUGACGCGCCCCCACUCAAACGUCCGAUGAUACGGCAGGAUGUCCGCAAGAUGGUGACGCACCAACUCGAAGCGCAAGGUCUUACAUUGAUUGCCGCAUUAGGAAGCGUCGUCACGAUCUUAAUCUACGACCCAAGUACAGAAACCCUGGUCAACGCAAGUGACCACACGUUUGCGAUCGAAUACUACGACUGUGUGUUUCUGACGCCAACCGAAGCCCCAACCAAGAAGAAGCCCUGGAUACAAAUGGAGCUCGUGCUAAUCGGCAGUGAAGGCUUCGAAAUCCUGCAUCUACGAAUCCAAGGCUGGAAGUAUCAAGUCACUCCGGGAGCUAAAGUUUCCUACUUCCCUUCCGUUUUCGUAACAAUGCGGGUCGUUUAUCGUGAUCUGUUCUUCUCGGACAACUUCCAUAAUAUGCAGCUCGCCACCGGGGAUAUGCACGGUCGGCGGCACCGGUACGUUUUCUGGGUUGAGAAGAGCUUCGCGAACGACCAGACGAUCUACUAUCAAGGUGCGCUCAACUUUGUGUGGCAAGACGGGGAUCUGACGUACUCAAAGCGCAUGGAAAAAGCCGUAUUGUCCGGCAACCAUAUGGAGGCAAGAACUCAGAUCUCCUUUAUCUAUGGUUCCCGGACCCGCGGAGAGAUUGUUCAAAACGUGCAUGCACCAGGGUGCGAACACCUAUCGCAGCGCCGUAUUUUCUGGUGGAUCGAGAGCUCCCACGCGCCGGUUGUUGAAGAUUCCUGUUGGAUCGAUAGACGCUACCAGUUUUCCGGAAUCGAGACCACAGUGACUGAUGACGAGGACAGUUUUACCGUUGCCCUGCUGCAUCAAGGCGGAUUGCUGCCGUGCAAAGCCGAGGCAAAGAAAGUAACUGCCCAUUUCCUCUACCGGCGCUACCGUGAAUACU